ACAUUGGGACUCCAUUCCAGGCUGUCAGUGAGGGUUCCCUGAACCUCGCAUCCUGAACUGUCGUUCUCUCAGUACUAACUUUAUCUGCUCUCCAAACACAAACAACUUGACCAUGAGUGGGGAUCAUGGACGCGGAGACUCUCAGGUCAACUCUGGAUCUAAAGGAAGUGACUCUCACAAGCAUAAAGACAAGCACAAAGAAAAGGAGCAUAAACACAAAGAUCACAAGAAAGACAAGGAAAGAGAGAAAAUAAAGCACAGCAACAGCGAACAUAAGGAGUACGCUGAGAAAAAACACAAAGACAAAGAGAAGCUGAGGCACAGUGACGGCAGCGCAGACAGGCACAGAGAAAAACACAAAGACAAGGACAAAGAGAAGAGGAAAGAGGAUAAGAGUUUAUCAUCCCAUCCUGACAAGCCUAAAAAGGAGAAGGAAAAUGGAUAUGUGAGAGAGAGAAGUCCUGCUGCCAUUAAGAGCGAGCCGGAAGAUGACAAUGGCUUCUACCCGUCUCCCAAACACAACAAGGCCACCAAACGUGAGAAAGAUGAUGAGGAGUUUGAAUACAAGCCUAAGAAAGUCAAGGUAGAACACGACAAGAAGGCCAAGAAGAGGAAACAUGAGUACGAAGAUGACGAAGAGGAGGAGGAUACUAAGCACAAAAAGAAGACGAAAGACAAGAAAGCAACAGAGGGAAAGAAAGCCAAAAAGGAGGAAGAGGAGAAAUGGAAGUGGUGGGAGGAGGAGAGGUACACUGACGGCUCUAAAUGGCGCUUUCUUGAACACAAGGGUCCAGUCUUCGCUCCACCUUAUGAGCCUUUGCCCAACAAAGUCAAAUUCUACUAUGAUGGUAAGCCAAUGAAGCUUAGUGGUUCCGCUGAGGAAGUGGCCACCUUCUUUGCCAAGAUGUUAGAUCACGAGUACACCACUAAAGACAUCUUUAGGAAGAACUUCUAUAAAGACUGGAGGAAGGAAAUGACAUCAGAAGAGAAGUCAAUAAUCACAGAUCUGAACAAAUGUGACUUCAGAGAAAUGAGUGAGUACUUCAAAGCCCAAUCAGAGGCUCGCAAACAGAUGUCCAAGGAGGAGAAACAGAAAAUCAAAGAGGAAAAUGAGCGGAUCCUUCAGGAGUACGGUUUUUGCAUCAUGGACAAUCACAAGGAAAGGAUUGGAAACUUUCGCAUCGAGCCACCGGGUUUAUUCCGAGGACGAGGCGACCAUCCAAAGAUGGGGAUGCUGAAGCGGCGCAUUAGACCCGAAGACAUCAUCAUCAACUGUAGCAAGGACUCCAAGCAACCCAAACCUCCACCGGGGACAAAGUGGAAGGAGGUUCGCCAUGACAACAAGGUGACGUGGUUAGUAUCCUGGACAGAGAACAUCCAGGGCUCCAUCAAGUACAUCAUGUUGAACCCGAGCUCCAGAAUCAAGGGGGAGAAGGACUGGCAGAAGUAUGAGACCGCCAGGCGUUUAAAGAAGUGCGUGGAUCGGAUUCGUACUCAGUACAGAGACGACUGGAAGUCAAAAGAGAUGAGGAUCCGGCAGAGGGCCGUUGCACUGUAUUUUAUUGACAAGCUGGCUCUGAGGGCAGGGAACGAGAAGGAGGAAGGUGAGACGGCAGACACGGUCGGCUGCUGCUCGCUGAGGGUGGAGCACAUCAAGCUGUAUCCCAAGUUGGACGAGCAGGAGUAUGUGGUGGAGUUUGACUUUUUGGGAAAAGACUCCAUCCGCUACUACAAUAAGAUCCCGGUGGAGAAGCGGGUCUUUAAAAACCUUCAGUUGUUUCUGGAGAACAAGCAGCCAGAGGACGACCUCUUUGACAGAUUGAAUACUUCCAUCCUCAACAAGCACUUACAGGAGCUGAUGGAUGGACUGACAGCCAAAGUUUUCCGUACCUACAAUGCCUCCAUCACCCUGCAGCAGCAGCUCAAGGAACUUACCUGCCCUGAGGACAGCAUCCCAGCUAAGAUCCUGUCAUACAACCGAGCUAACCGAGCCGUAGCCAUCCUGUGUAACCACCAGAGAGCUCCGCCCAAAACAUUUGAGAAGUCCAUGCAGAAUCUUCAGACCAAGAUUGAUGAGAAACAAAAGCAGCUAUCUGCAGCCAGGAAGCAGCUGAAGGCCGCCAAGGCCGAUCACAAGGCCUCACAUGAUGAAAAGAGUAGAAAGACUGUUGAGGUGAAGCGCAAAGCCGUGCAGAGGAUAGAGGAGCAGCUCAUGAAACUCCAGGUGCAAGCCACGGACAGAGAGGAGAACAAGCAGAUUGCUCUGGGCACAUCCAAGCUCAACUACCUGGAUCCACGCAUCUCUGUUGCCUGGUGCAAGAAGUGGAGCAUUCCAACUGAGAAGAUCUACAACAAGACCCAGAGGGAAAAGUUUGCCUGGGCGAUCGACAUGGCCGAAAAGGAUUAUGAAUUUUAACUGCACUUAGUAUUUCUAUUUUAACAUUUCUACUCAAGCCUUUGAUUGUACAGACGGUUUGUCGCCGAUGUCAAACGAUUCCACUGUGCGACGGAUGUGGAACGAAGCCAGGAGUCGGCACCCAAGGUGGUGUUUUUUAAAUUAAGCUGGACAAAGCGGCGACGGCGAGGAACUAAACUCUAGCACUAUGCUAACACACAUUAGCACACAGAAUGUCAAGUUUUAUCCAUGCUGUUUAUUUCAGGGAUGUACAUAUUGUCAUUCUUUUGUUUUGUUUUGAAGAGUGUGCCGUAUGCAUCCUCAACAAAAAGCCCUUAUUGCGCUAUCGCAAAUCUUUAGUGAGUGUGUGUUUCCUCAGUCUUACAGUGAACAAGGCCUAACGGUGAUUUCGGUUACUUAAAAUGCCUGAAGCGUCAUGUUUUUGUGUGCCAGAGCUCAAAGAGACUGCUCCCUCCGAAUGACGGGUGUGGAUUUUUGCCAAAAAUGAUCGCAUCAUCUGUCCUUGUAGGUGUGCUGUUUUUGUAACGCUGUAAUAGAGCAAGACAUGUCUUUGAGAAAUCUAAUGUGAAUGAAUAACUUUUGUCAUGAAUAUUUCUUGUUAUUUGAUCAUUUAUCACACAAUCCCACGCUGAUUUGAAAGCUUGAUGUUUAGAGCUUUGUAGUUUUCAGAAUAAAACAUCAACCUUGU